AUGAGCAGCCUGGAUGAAGUUCCCUUCAAGGUCCCCAUGGGGUCUCUGGAGGGGAUUGUGGAGGAGGUGGAGCCUGUCACUGCGCCAGAGCUGUGCUUACCCGACUACCCUCAGAUACUGUGGGAGACAGAGUACGACUUCAGCGUUGAGAAAUGGGUGUUGAGGGGACUACAGAGGAGGUAUCCCAGCGCUCCACGAAUCCAUCUGCCUCGCUCCCCCUCAGAGGUAGUGGCCUCCUGUCCCCCAUUCUGGCUGAUGUUCAGCAGCCCCCAGGAGAGCCGGCUGGCCAGAUGCCGCAGCAGUGACGUCUGGGAGCCCACCCUCCGCCAGAGGAGCCACAGCCUGAACGCCGCAGACCUGCGCUACCUGCACCCGCGGGUCAAGUUCAUCAUCUCCGACUCGGAAGGGGACGAAGGCUACUCCGAGGAUGACGAGGGCUCGUCCACUGAGGAGGACGCAUCGGCCGCGCAUCAGGACGCCGAGCGGCCGCCCGGCUCUGCGCUCAGGCGGCAGAGCCCCGGCUUCAAAGAGCCGGGGCCUUCCUCCCGCAAGCUGAAUCCCACGUCCCGGCGCAGCUCGCGGAAGGGCUCCUCGCCCUCCCUCCACGAAUUCCGCCAGGGCUCGCUGGACAGGCCCCGGACCAGCAGCCCCCAGCGCCAAGGCCACAGGCGUCCAAUGAGGAGGAUGCAGGCACCAUCCCGCUCCAGCCGACAGCAAUCCCUCAGCCCCCAGCCCCCAUCCAAGUCCCCCCCCUUCCACCUGCAGCGCCGCCCUGCCACUGCGGGACACGUCUCCUCCAUCCGGAGCCACAGACCCACCACACCAUCUCCUCGCCCCUACUCCCGCCUGCCAGCCCCUCCCUCGGGCGCCCGUACCCUCAGCUCCCACACAUCCGCCCCGGACUCCUCGGUGGAGCUGCUGUCGGCACUCAGCCAGGAGGAGCAGGAGCUGCUGGAGGCCGUCACUAAGCAGGGCUACCCACUGCGCACCGCCAUCAUCGCCCUACAGAAGACCGGCCGGCAGAGUCCAGAGCAGAUCCUGAGCUACCUGGUGGCGUGCGAUAGGCUGUGUAAGCUCGGCUAUGACUCAGUCCAAGUGGAGGAGGCGCUGGAGAUGUUCCAUAACUGUGAGACCAAGGCUGCUGAAUUUUUGCACCUUUUGGCCCAAUUCAAUGAGAUGGGCUUCCAGCAGAACGCCAUCAAAGAAGUGCUGCUGGUUCACGAGAACCACUGUGAGAGAGCCCUGGAGGAGCUGAUGACACGUGUGGCAUCAUGAAGCAGGAAGUCCAGUCUGCUCCACAAUGAGGACAGGUCACAUUCUCUGAGCGAUUAAUUAAGAUGAUUUGUGCAUAGUAAAUUGCACAUAUUAAAUAUGUUGCAAAGUAAACUAAAACUUAAACUAUAAACUAAAACUAAGCAU